AUAUUUUGGAUGAAUUGAAAACUGAACGAAAGACAGACAACAAAAUGGUUGAAUUGUCAGCACACGGACUGUCAGUUUCAAUGUCAACACGAAUGCCAAAUGAAAAUACAUCUCAAUAGCAGACAUUCUGACGUUAAGACAUUUAUUUGUCCGAUAAAUGGAUGUAAAAAAGCAUUAAAAUCUAAGUCUUCAUUGGAAACGCAUUUAUUGAUUCACAAGAAUAUAGUAUUAAAUUGUGAUUUUCCGGACUGUAAGCGAAACUUCAGAACUCAUUAUAAGUUAAAACGACAUUUGGCUAUACAUAUGAAUGAACCGACACUUCAAUGUCCUGUCGAUGGAUGCGAUGAAAAGUUCUUUACCGAUAGCGAGAUAUUUAGACACCGGGUGUCAGUUCAUAACAAACAGCGCGUAAAAUACAAAUCAGUAAAACGGAAGUGCGAUUGGCCCGGAUGUGACUAUUUUGGUAAAGCCCUGACCGAACAUAAGACAGUACAUACCGGUGUCAAAAAAUAUGUAUGUCUUUGGCCACAAUGUGGUAAACAGUUUCGGACAAAAUAUAAACUCGAACAACACAUGAAUAUUCAUAAAAAUAAUAAGCCGUAUGCGUGUCGUUGGCCAGGAUGUGACUUCCGAUGCGCUCAUCAAUCAAAUAUUAGAAAACAUAUGAAACAAAUGACAUCAAUGGUUGUGACAAUUGAUGACAUUUUGGAUCAAUUGAUGACUGAAAACAAACGGCUUCUCAAAGAGUUAUUGUUUGCCAACAAAUAUAGCAUUUGUAUAACACAAGAGACAAACGAUAAUGGGAUCAAAUGUAGUGAUGAAGAGUAUGAAAAAGACACACAUGUUGUUAAAAGUGAAAGUAAAUGUAUCGAUGAAAGUGAUGCAAAAAUCUUGAAUUCAUCUAAAUUUGUCGAAACUAAGACCAGAAAUGCUAAAAGAUUAAGUAAUUUACGAAAUAAAGAAUUGAUGGCAAAGAAGUGUAGUCCAAAAGGUGUCGACAAUUAUAUUAAUAAAAAUGAUUGUCACAAAUCUUUUAAGUAUUUAAAACCAUUUACUAAUCAUCUGAAGAAAGCACAUGAAAUAGCGUCUAAUGAUAUUAAUUUAAAGACUUGUCGGCGAAAUAAACAGUCGAUGAAAAAUAAGAAGAUUUACAAUAAAAAAGAGAUAUUAAAGUGUCGUUACGAUGGCUGCGACAAAAUGUAUUACGCAAAGAGUGCAAGACGUAGUCACGAAAGAUUAUACCAUGAAUUUGAUACAACAAACAAAUUGAAGUGUCAGUACACGGACUGUAAGUUUGAAUGUCUACACAAUUACCAAUUGAAACUCCAUAUGAAUAGACAUUCAAAUGUUAAGCCAUUUAUUUGUCCAAUUAGUGGAUGUAAUAAAUCAUUAAAAUUAGAGAAAAAUCUUGAACAACACUUACUGAUCCAUACAAAUACAAUAAUUAAAUGUCAGUUUGAUGGCUGUCGAAGACAGUUCAGAAAUGAUACUCAAUUGAGUGUACAUAUGGCUGAACAUAGGAGUGAACCGACACUCGGGUGUUCAGUAAAGGGAUGUUUGGAUAAGUUUUUCAAUGAAAAAGAAAGGUAUAGACACCGAAAGUUAGUACAUAACUAUAAACGGGUAAUCGUAUAUCCUAUGAGACGGUGUGUUUGGCCCGGAUGUGACUAUUACGGUAGAAGUCUGACUAGUCAUUUGCAGGUUCAUACGGGAGAGAAACGGUAUCCAUGUCUUUGGCCACAGUGUGGCAAACGGUUCCGGGAUAAGGGAAGACUUAAACAACACAUGAAUAUUCAUAAUAAUGUCAAACCAUAUGCGUGUCGUUGGCCGGGAUGUGACUACCGAUGCGCUCAUCAUUCAAAUGUUUGGAUACAUAUGAAACAAGUUCACAAACAAGUAUUAUAA